AUGAAUACGAAUAAAUCACCUUCAUAUUUACAUCAAUUUUCUUGGGAAGAAUGGGAUACUCAAAUGAUUGUUGUAUUAUAUCGAUCUGAUCGACGUUUCGUUGUUAAACGAUAUCUUGAACGAGUUCUUGCAAAUUCAACUCAAUGGCGACAAUUAACUCAAUUAUUAUUUUCAAAUGUCGAACCCAUUACUAAAGCAUAUACAAUGACAGAGAAUGAAGUUAAAUUAAUGCAUCAAAUAUUUUCAUGGCAUAUGAAUGAAACUUUAAAAUUUCCAAUUAUUGGUGGACUUGAUCAAUUACUCGAUUGGGAAGAUGUACUUGAUUUUAUCGAACGUUUACAACAAACUUCAAAAGAUAAUAAAAAUAAUAACCUAACAUUAUUACAUUCACCGUCGAUUUUACCAACAAUUCCUAUUGGAAUAUCAUCAUCAACAUUACUUACAAAAAAACCCAUAGAAAAUAAAAAAGAUAUUUCAACACCAACUAAAAUAAAUAAAAGAGUUCGACCACAACAAUUAAUUUCUGAAAGUACAUCAUCAUCUUCAUCAGAUCAUUGGGUACAAAUAAAUAAUAUUUGUGUACCUUAUAUAAUUAAAUAUCAACAAAUACGUUUUCUUCCAUAUCAAGUUAUACUUGAUUGUGAUUUACUUACUGAACAAGAACAAUCAUUUCUUAUUCAUUUUACAAUAAAAGCCGAUGGAAAUGAUAUUCAAACAUUUGAACGAACUAUAUCUUCAUCAUCUUUAAUAGAUUUUACAUUAAAUAAUGAUUUACUUCUUAUUGAUCUUUAUCAUUUAAUAUUUGGAAUGUCAAGAGUUGUCUAUAUUAAAUUACUUCCUAAUCAACGUGAUGUAAAUAAAAGUUAUAAAACUGUCUUGGCACAACGUGGUGGUACGAUUAACAUUCGUUCUCAUUCAAUUCCAUUUAUUAGUCUUGGUAAAUUCGAUUAUAUUUUACUUGAUUCUUUAAUGACUACAUUACAACCAACAACAAAAAUUAUAGCGAAUUUACGACGACAAGCUCCGCCUGCUCAAUCUCAUGAAAUUGAUUAUUUUCGUCUUAUACAAUUCUAUCAAAAAGAUGAUUCUAUUCUAUUACAUCAACAACAACAGCAACCACAAUUGCUUAUAAGUACUCAGGAAAUUUAUAAAUAUAUCAAUAAGGAUAGUCUUGUUAAUGAUAUGACACUAAUACAAUAUCAACAGAUUGAAUAUCAAAAAAUGCGAAAAAAAUUAGAUACAAUGGAAAAUAAAACAAUGAAAAAACCAACAAAACGCGCAAAGGAAAUCUAA